GACAACAACAUCCCAGCGUUAAAGUAACGAAUUUAUCAGAAGGUGGGAGCGAACCCACGCUUAGUUGUAUUACGGGGCGUGUGUCACAUGAUCCAAUCUACGAUAGCACCUACAGUUUAUCUGCAAGACAAUUUAAUUAUCCAUCCCAGCAACUAUUAGCUUCAGCUUAGGGCUGGUGUCGCUUGGAUCUGAGAGGGAAAAUGAAGCGGAUCCGUUGGCAAGAAGCAUCAAUAAAAGCCGUCUUCUAUAUCUCAGUUCUGUUUAAUUUAUUGAUUGACUGCAGAGUUAAAGCUAAUAUUCAGGAAGAUGUCAUAGAAAUAAUACAAGGAAGGAACUUCCAGCAUUGGAGAAAUGUAUGGAACCAAGAAUGUUUUCGGCGAUGUCGAGCAGAAUUAGGUCCACAUAUCAGCAUUGCUUGUCAAAACGACAUCUACAAGAUCAUUAACAAACGACCUCCACGCCGCCUUCGCCGGAGCACCAAUAUCUCAGUAGACACUAAUGACGUCAGGAGACCUCUCAGCCAACACCAGUUAAGACGUCAUCGACGUUCCCUCAGGUUUCCAUUUUUACUGCAGGACUCCGAAGCAUUUAGCUAUCUAAAACGGGAGCACACGAUGGUUAAACGAGGUCAAGCCGGCGGAAUCAUGGAAGAGUGUUGUUAUAUGAAAGGUUGUACAUGGGAAGAGUAUGCAGAAUUCUGUCAUUCUCAUUCCCGAUAUCAAACCUCAGGUGAGAAUGGCAACUGUCCAACUUUCUGAUUUACUGGUACUAUCUUCUACAGUACCCGUCUUCAAAUUUACAUUUUGGAUUUUCUCAAUUAAUCAUUAUUUUUGCUAUGAAUUUAAAUAAACAAAUAAAAUACGCAACAUUUUUUGGAUAUUGGAUUGAUUU